UAUAGUAAAAACAAAUUAGAGUCAACAAUUGCGUAAACGGUGACGUAAUUCUAGAUGUUUGUUUAGACUGAAGUAAACGUAAAAUGGCCGCGGUCUGUUCUCGAAAAGUGGACGGUGGAGUUGUAGACAUCAGCAAGCUUGAUGAGACCACCACAGGCAGAGAGGGUAAGUAAUUAACGUCUGGCUGAAUCAUGGCAUUAAGAAUAAUAGAGGUAGGGUCCCAGCUAUUUUGCCUCUAGCAUCUAAAUGAACAUAGACGCCGUAAUAUUGCUUGCAUUCCUUCGGAUGAAAAAUACAUCAUAGAAACUAUCUUAGGGCGGAUUUAUUUGCAAACAUACGCGCCGUUAUAGAAGUCGCAUUUGCCCGUUUUCAUUUUUUACUAGAUGAAAAACAAUGACAAAUUUCCGAACUGGCAAACGCGACGGCUAUGCGCGUAUUCCACCCUUAAGUAUUGUGACUUUGUCCUGUUGUUGUAAUAAUAAUAAUAAUAACAAGAAGAACAAGAACAAGAUCUAUUUUAAUGUAAUUAAUGUAAAAACGGCAAGCUCCAGUAGUAUAUGAAAUUGACAAUUACUUAUUAUAAUAUGAAGCUACAAUAUCAUAUAUUUGUCCAAAAAUAAGAAAAGAAAAGAAAACCUAAUGCCGUCGCAUUUCACAUGUGCCAAAUUUAAUGCUAUUAAAAGAGGAAAAUCUAUUGUUCUCACUUAUGUGCAUUAGAUUCCGCACAUGUGAAAUGCGACAUUUGAAUCAAGUCAAACUUGUCAUUAAAGAUCAGGCGCUUUUCAAAACGAAACUCAUAAGACGAUGCGUGUUUACUUUAGGUUUCGCGGCUGAAUUAAUUCUUCUGAGGUGGUAUUGCGGUAUUCUUAACCUCUGGCAAUAUAUUAUACAAAUCAUAGUUAAUUGAGUGGAAUGGUUGUGAAACCCGUCAGACUCCUUUGUUAUAUGUUUUUGUGGACCUGAAAGUGCACAACGUUCAAAAGAAUUCCUAUCAUUUUGAUUGUAUUGACCAAUAAAAACGUUCCAUUAAUUUAUUCCGUAACAAUUUGCCAACAGAAAACAAAGGAUUGUGCACUUUCACGGUGCUUUGAACAUAAACUGCAGCACUGUUGUUUUUAUCAGUGAUGUUUGCCGCUUUUCAUAACCAGUCUCCUCUAAUAACUAUGUACAAAUCAUUGAUUGUACGGUCAAUGGAUUAAGCUGCGUUCAAAUGACCACGUUUUCUAUUGUAGUAAGGGAAACUUGCUCAGAUUAGUGCACUUUUAACAUUGGCGAGCUUCUUUGUAAUUUUUGAGUUUUUUGUUAGUUUUGAAGAGUCGUUCUUUCUUGAAUCAAUAACUUUGAUUUCAGUCUUACCUAAGAUUUAUUUACAUAUUUUAUGGCAGCGUCUCAAAGGAAACUAAAUUGUAACUACUUCUCGAGUAACUAUGUAUAUAAUAUUACGUUUUGAAAAAGGAAUUUAGACUUAGACUUUCAAACCUUGGAAAACGUAUUUCUGAGUCAAACAAUGAAGCUUCAUAUUUUCGAACUGCGUGAUUGACCCAUUUAUAACUAUAUAAUUACUUGUCCAAUAUCACGAAAACAUCCGUCAACAAUGCACUAAUUCCCAAUGAGGUUUAAAUCAUAGUGUGGCACACCAUGAUUUAAAAAUAAUUUGGAGUUUGAAUGUAAACAACAGUCUACCCAAAUGCGAUGUCUACCGUUGGGAACUUCCAAUUGAGCUAACCAUCGGUAUCAAUCGAAUUAUAGGCGAAUCUUUGUUUACAUUUUUUGCCUCAUUUACAUAUAAUCAUAAAAUAAAAUCUCUGAGUGUUGAAAGGGCAUAACAAUUUCAGUUAUCUUUGAAAAUCUGAAUUAGAUAUACCGAAUGGUUUCGGCGAAAUUCCUUUUUUACAGAGAAUGUAUGGCUCCUUAACUUUUUUGCCACCCACCAAUUUUUCGCAGAUAUUUCCUUCAAUAUCGCUUGCAAAGAGCUGAAACUUGCAGAAAAUGCUCAAGUUAAUCAGCUCUAUCUUUCAACUUUUGAAUUAAGGUCAUAUAUGCGGAGACGGCUUCUAUAAGUGAAGUCCAAUGCUUAUGAGAAAAAUGUAAACUGAAUGACGUCAGCAAAGGUUCGCCUAUAGAUUGCGAUUAUAAUGGACGAAAAAACGGAUUUACCUCUAUAGCAAAUUUGGAGCAAACCAUCUGCAAAUGCCACAUUUGCUUAAUUUUGCUCAAUUUUGCCUCAUGACGCAAAGGUGGUAAAUGCCGCAUUUGCCUCAAAUUUGCCCCGUGUGUAAAAACAAGGAUAACCUUUACUUUAUCAAGGCAUUUACAGGGGUGUCAAACUUGAUAGCAAAACUGGCAUUUGUCAGGUUUUUGCCCAAAUGGGCAAAAGCGAUCGAAGAUGAAUUUUUGAACACUUUUGCUCUCUAUAGCAAAUUUGGUCAAAGUAGUAAUUUCCCACAUUUUUGCUCAAUGUAGCAAAAGUGACCAAAACUCAUUUUUCAACAGUUUUGCCCAGGAUAGUAAAUCUGAGCAAAAAUUCACCUUAUUUCUGUUUCGCUCAGUGUAGUAAAUGAGGUCAAAUUAUUACUUCUUCCAUAUCUUUGCUCAGUGUGGCAAAUAUGAUCAAAAUAGUCGUUUGCCACUGUUUUGCUCAGGGCAGCAAAUUUGGCCAAAUACCACUUUAUUCUCAAUUUUGCUCAGGAUGGCAGAUAUGAUCAAAAAAGUAGUUUCCCAUACUUUUCCCCAUUGUAGCAAAGUUGGUCAAAUAUCAUUUCUUCUGUAUCUGUGCUCAGGAUGGCAAAUAUUGCCAUGAUAGCAGUUUUCCAUACUUUAAGUCAGGUAAACAAAGUUGAUUAAAAUAUCACUUUUUUACACUUUCGCUCAAGAUAGCAAAUUUGAUCAAAACAUCAUUAUCCACAUGUUUCCUAUUUUUAUUUGGUACCAUAAAUGACUGACAAACAAUUUAGACACCAACCAAAAUUUCAAGAAUAAAAUGACUUUACUAUCUUUAAUAUACACUAUACAAUAAAAAGUAAGAUAAAUAAAAAGAAAGUUCCAUUGGCCUCUGCAGGGUACUGCAUGUACCACAAAAUAUAUGCCUUUAAAUAAAAAGCACAUACAAUGUGAAACUAACUAAAUUCAUACGCGUAUAAGAAUAUACAUUGGGUUUGAAAGUACAAGUCAACACUAGCUGGUUCAUAAUUAUCUAAGGUUGGUACAGGUAAAACGUAACUCUGUUUGAGUGGUAUGCUUCAAAUAUACUUUUUCUAGAUUCAAUUGAUACUAUUGGCAAAUGGUCGUACGAUAACACGUACACAUCACUCACAAUGUAGGUGUGACAUCCUUACUAAUGGACAGAACAUCAACCACAGGAAAUAAAAUUAGCCUCAAAUUAUUAUGAUAAGCGAUAUUCCUCUAAUAAUUAGUUAUAACAACUUGUUUUCAUCUGAUAAAUAUUAUCCAGUACCCAAAAUACUAGGAUGAAUAAUAUUAUAUAGUGUAUCUAGUGCUAUUCACUGACCCCAAGGUGAGAUACAUCUGUAUGAUUCAUUUUUAACAAAAUCAGUUAUAUAAAAAUAUUUCUUGUAAAUAAAAUGUCUUACUAUGCGAACGCUCUGUGCAUUUCUAUGAUUUGGGUACAACUUCGAUAUAUUUUCACCCAGCAGUUUAUUCAUUUUGUCACCUUUUUAGCAUGUACAUGUAUUUUAUCUUACAGGUGCUUCAUUUACUGCUAUACUUCUAAAACUAGCAUGAAAUGACACCCCAGUUUUACUCUCAUCCUAUAGGUAGCCAAAAGCUUUUCAAGUUAUGGAAGCAAAUCUGCUAUCCACUGAUUUGGUUAAAUACUUAUAUUAUUAUUAUUAUUAUUAUUAUUAUUAUUAUUAUUAUUAUUAUUAUUAUUAUUAUUAUUAUUAUAUCAGUGUAAAUAAUAUGAUUUAUUUAUUUUUUACUAAAAUCAAAUUAUUUGCUAAAAAUUUGAGAAUUAUUUUCUGAUUCACAUGAUCAGCUGUUUUGCUUGCAGUAUUGGACAGAUUAAAUAUCCAAAUAUUGUCCAAACACAAUCUAUACACUAUGAAAACUCUGUAGAACUUCUUUAAUUCAUCAUCAUCAUCAUUAUUAUUAUUGGUAUGCAGAUGAUUAAAAUUUAAGCCAUGCCAGGGCUGUGCUCUAGCAGAGCCCGGUGCCCCCGGGCAACUAGAAAAUCUCAGAUUUUUCAUACAAAUCAUAUGCUGGGCACCCUAGAUUUUACUGUUUCAGAGCACUGGGCUCCCUUCAAUUUUCCUUAGAGCACAGCCUUACAUGCUUAUCAAACAACUGUUAUCAUACACGGUAUUUUUUUUGCAUAAAACAUAACUUCACUUUUUUUCAUAAAAAUAAUAUGCAAAGAAGAAAAUAGGAUCACGGCAUUUGGAGUCGGUAAUUACUCUACCACGGUGUGUAUUGGCUAGAUUUAGUCCUCGGAGUGGCACUUUUUAAGGCAGUGCUUAGGGUAGCCCUAGGAUCUGUCACCACUGCGGAUCUGUCACUGUGGAUGCAGAUGUAUCUCCAAUUACAUAUGUUGGGUGAAUGGACACAACGACUGAAAAUACAGCUUCAUUUACAGGCUGCUAGAAAGAAGGUUUUUAAAAUUCAGUAAAGUUGCCAAGUUACAGAGUGAUUCGGUGCAAACUACCAAAGACAGCUCUACAAAGAUGGCAAAUUUUGCAGACAUUUGUCUGGUAAGGGAAAGUUUCUGGCUCCGCCGUACCUUACAAAGGUCAUUGAGAUUAUGUGACUUUGUGUCAACACUUUAUUUCAAAUCGGACUAAUCACAAACAGCAUAAGAACCUAGCCAAUCACAAAACGCUGACAUACAUGUAUGUCUUUCUGACUCUAUGGGAUUCAACCAUGAUAUUGUGCACUAUAUUCUCAGACGUCAUGCUCUAUGCAGAAGGUUUAGAGUGUCUGCAACACAGGUAAUAUCUUCAUUGGAUUGUGACAAAUCACUUUGAGAUUAAUUGGUAAUUUACCUAGUUCUAAUGUGGCUUCUUUCCAUGGGUGUCAAAGGAUAUUCACUUACUACAUUGUAGGUCUUCAUCAAAACCCAAAAAAUUGUGCAAUUGUCUACUGAGAAAAUAUGGUUACAGGAACUUAACUGAAAAGGAACUGAAUCAUGAUGCAUGUCAACUUCAACUUGAGUGUUAUUAUUAUUUUGUACAUUAUUAUCUAAAAUGCCUUCUUCCUUUCUGAAUGUUCUUCAAAAAAUUAUCUGUGUUAUGCUUAUAUAUGAUCAAGUUCCUUUUUCUAUUGUAAGGGGUGGGUGCCAGAGCAAACUCAGGAGCACCACCUGGUGCUCCUUGGUUUGAUGCUGGUCUCACUGUGUGCUCUAUUACCAUUAUUUUCACUUCAUUGGCUUUGACACCAUGCAACUUUGCGGCCCAACCGGGUCAUUAAACCAUUAACCUCAAUGCUCUGUCAGGAAAGUGGCCUUACACAGAGAUUUUCCCUGUUUGGGAGGUCCUCAUCUGAACCUGAAGAAUUACCUUCAUGCCAUUCUGAUACAGCUGUUUCAGACAAAGACUCCUCUGAUGACAUAAAUGCAACGGACAUACAUGCAAGGUACUUGUCCUUGUCUGACUAACAGAUGCUAGUUGACUCUGUCAGAGUAUAUUGGCCCUCUAAUUUUUUUUCUGAAAGAAAAAUGAAGAACCAUGAUUUAGCAGCCAACAAAUAACCCACAGUUGGUAAACAAGCAUGUACUGCUCAUACUGAGCGUAAAUGAUUGGGUUGCAGAACAAUGACACAAUGCUAAAAGCUGAAAACACUCUCUUGAUCAAAGGAACAGUUUGAGGAGAUUUGUGAGAAAUGUCUCCCUGCAUUUUAUUCCUACUAACUUUUUCAUUAAACAUAUAUUUUUUUGGAACAGAUGUUAAAGUAGAAAGCAGAAAUGCCUCUUUCUGAUGAAUCUGAAUAACUGUCAAUAGAAACUGAAAUAAAUUAAUUCCCCUGUCAUUCAAGAGCAGAACUGAUAGUGUCCCACAGGUCACCAGGCUCUUACAGAGCACAGCCAUGACUCAACUGUACACAUGGAGGCUCGAUUACCAGCCGCUGUUCGGGAAAAUGAGCCUGAACUCAUCCCUCAAAAGAGCGGCUGGACGUGUGCGAUUUCCUUUGUUGGUUUAAGCCAAUCAUGUUAACGCCUGCAGAUUUUUGUCUGGUAAAGACUGUCGCAGAAAUUGACACAUCAAAACAGAAAGUCCUCCCUUGAACCAUCGCACAUGGUGAAGCGAUUUCGACGGCCCGGAGACACUAGGCGAAAUUCUAGAGUCAGAAGGAACACAACGUUUUGUUCGAUUGUUUGUUGUGAACUUUUCUUUUAAUGAUUGUCAUUGGAGAAAUUUUGCAUCUUCAAGAAUCUUUUCAAGGUGCUUUAGGUCUCAAUAACUGUGUUCAUUGCAGAUGUAACCGUCCACAUUUUUAUAUUAGACAGAGGAACAUUCAAUACGCUGGAAAUUCUGUCUGGUAAAUCAGAAACUUUACUAUUUAAUUUGGUCUGCUUCCAAGAAUCAGUCUGUUUGGACCCACAGAAGACGAAACCAAUAUUCGAAGAUCAAAGAAAAAUAACUGCAUGUUGGAGUGUACAGAAAUGUACCGAAGAUUAUUUUUCACAAUGCAUGGAAAUGUACCGAAAAAGCUAUUUUGAAAGUCAUUUGGGUGGGUAAGGGAGCGCUUGAUGCAAUUUUGAGUCAAACAAAUAAGAAAAUUGGAGACCGGUUUCACUUCCAGUGACAUCGGAGACGCCUAAAUUAUCAAUUUUCCAACUACAUCACAGACAAGUUCAACGGGUCACGUGUCCAGCCGUCUCUCUUCAGGGAGGAUCAAAGACCGGACCCGGGAGACGGCGGAAAUCGAGCCUACCAUACACAUAAACCGUAAAACCGUUCAGAACCUGAGAAACGUCAUUACGGCAACCCACAUGUUGCUUAGAACAAUAAUUAAUUAAUUGUGGUUAUUUGGCAUGAUAAAGCAAAAGCAUUUACUCGCAAAAUGAACUAACAAAGAUCCCUCAACAUCAUUGAGCUGUAAAAAAAGGUAUAAAUAAUGAGGUAUUGUCAUUUAAAAUGUGGAAAAAUAAUACAGUGGUCACUAGGAAUGACACUUAUGCUUCAAGAUCUGGCAAGUGACGUCACUCGCAAAUCAACCAAAAUUAAGAUCUCACAAUAUCACUGAACCAUAUUUAUAAACCAUAAGAGUUUUGGAUGGUACAAUUUAUGAAAGAAGAAUCACUUGUCAUUUAAAUGUGGAACAAUAAUACGGUGGUCACUCGGAAUGACACAUAGGCUUCAAGAUCUGGCAAGUGCCAUCACUGGCAAAAUGAAGCAAAAUUAAGAUCUCACAAUAUCACUGAACCAUAUGUAUAAACCAUAAGAGUUUUGGAUGGUACAAUUUAUGAAAGAAGAAUCACUGGUCAUUUAAAUGUGGAACAAUAAUGUGGUGGUCACUCAGAAUGACACAUAGGCUUCAAGAUCUGGCAAACUUGCGCCGUCACUCACAAAAUGAACCAAAAUUAAGAUCUCACCAUAUCACUGAACCAUAUGUAUAAACCAUAAGAGUUUUGGAUGGUACAAUUUAUGAAGGAAGAAUCACUUGUCAUUUAAAUGUGGAACAAUAAUACGGUGGUCACUCAGAAUGACACAUGUGCUUCAAGAUCUCGCAGACUUGUGCCGUCACUCGCAAAAUGAACCAAAAUUAAGAUCUCACAAUAUCACUGAACAUUAUGUAUAAACCAUAAGAGUUUUGGAUGGUACAAUUUAUGAAAGAAGAACAACUUGUCAUUUAAAUGUGGAACAAUAAUACAGUGGUCACUGAGAAUGACACAUGCUUCAAGAUCUGGCAAGCUUGUGCCGUCACUCGCAAAAUGAACCAAAAUUAAGAUUUCACAAUAUCACUGAACCAUAAUUAUGUAUAGAUGUAAAACAAGAGUUUUUUACUGUAAAAAUUUCAAAAGGAAAAUCAUUUGUCAUUUGAAAUGUAGUAUAAUAUUAAAUAAUAAAGUAGUGACCACUGCUUCUUCAAGUGCUGUCCCCUGAAAAGUACAGUAACCCAAAAGAUCUAGCAUAUUAACUCAGCUGUACAACAAGCCAAACUACAGAAUUAUGGACAUGCAAAGGUCACAUCACCGACUUGGUGUAAAAGAAAUGUUUGCCUGCACAGCUCAAGAUCUGGCUACUUAAGAUUAUUCUAUUAAUGAAGACGAUGCGCAACAAAGAGUACAGUUAUUUCUGCAGUAAACAAAAAGGAAUCAAUCAAUGACAUAUCUGUGCAUGCAUCUUAAAUUUUAAGAUUUAUCUUUGAGGUUUUAAGCUCACGCAAAGUUAUUAGAAAACGAACCACGAUAUCAAGAAGAACAUACCUUUCUGCAAUCCAGCUGAGUUGAGGACUUGGAAACAGGCUUUAUGUGAAGAAUAUCGCAACUGAUCAUUUUUUCUCGAAAAUAACAUGGGUAUAAAUCGUAAUAGAACAGCUGAAUAGAAAGACAGGCUUUCUAUUAUCCGAAAAUAACAAAACUACUCCGUUUGCAACGCUGUGUUGCUUAUGAAGUCCGCGUGAAUUUGAACUAUUCAACGGUAGUUCAUUUUACACUAUUCUAUUGGUUCAAAAGCCGCAUGUGACAAUGUAAAUCAAAUGGAGCAUGUGCUAAAGUCACGUGGAAGCCUGGGAAACAACAAACAUGGCGGCUGAUCUUGCUUCAACUUUUCGUUUCGAACAGAAAGGUGCGAUGGAGAAAAGUGCAUUCAGGACCACUUGCACCCGGACGAUCAAUGACUCCUGGGUUCAAACCUUUCACAUAUUGUGCGUUUUGUUCACCCAAAUUGUAGAUGUUAAAGUUUAACGUCAUCCGGGGGUACCAGGGUCUCCUAUUCCGAGACUUAUUGUGAUAUUUUGUUUUCAAUCCGAGCCACCGACCCAAUAUCAGGAAACGCAUUCGACGCUAAACGAAAAAAAAUGGGUGCCUUACCCGAAAUAACCAGCUGCAGCAAAUAAUAUGAUAAACUUUGAAAAGAAUGUGAUGGUGAUUGAAACGGGGCAAUGGAAAAUCAAAACUUGUGUGAAAUAACAAUGUGAAGUUUGGUGAAUGUGCAAAAGUUGGCUAAAGUGGUCGUAAAGAUAGUUCGUUGAUCAUAUUUUGCUUAAUUUUACGCCUUUAGUAACCAUACAUUUACACAGUAACUUUGCUAUGCCAGAAAAUAUCAAGCAAACAUUCAUUUUUGACGUUCGACUUUUACACAGAGAACAAAAUGGCGGCAAAUUUGAAUCUAAACACCAAAUUUACUAUUGGGAGCAAAAGUGAAACAAAAUAUGUGUAAACUUGAUAUUUACUCCACAUUUACACCACCCUUGCAAAAAAGUAAACUUUCACUUUUGAACAAAAUUUGAACCAAGAACAAAUACGUAGCAACAUUAGUACCCUAAUUUUACAAUAGAUUUGCUCAACUGGCAAACUUAGGCAAAUCCGUUUUUUCGUCCAGUGUUAGGGGACUCCAGGUAGGUGAGGUAACCCGCCUGUCCAUAUAAUAUCUUUAAUAUUUUAAUUUGAUCACUUUUACAUGAUAGGUGGGGUGACCCGCCACAUGUUACCUCACCUAUCUGGGGUCCCCAACUCCAUGUAAACUGGCCCUAAAGAGCAGUUAAUGAAAUACCCGGUAAGAACAAUUAUCGGGCAACGUUUGCUUCUCGGGGAUAUGAAAACAGUUUCGAAGCUACCUAUUUGAAACAGCAAAUGUUCCACAUGGCGCGUCCCUUCUUAAUAGCUAACUUUGAAUUUUGGCCAUUCAUAAUAAGUUCUUUUACACAGCGACCUCUUUUGCGGGCUGAAAUUGAAUUCUUUACAAAUUACCAUGGGUUGAGAAUACCCAUUUAUUAAUCAACAGAAAUGAAGUAAAACCUUCUCAAAGUUGUGAUGUGAACUUAUCAUUGUAAAAUAGACCUUUCAUUAGUUUUAUAUUUAAGUGUCUGUUGUUAGGUGCUGUGAUGUCAUUUAUUCACUCGCAUGAAGUUCUACUUGUUUAGCAUUCCGCGCAAGUUAUAGUGUUACAGAAGUGCUACAAUUAACUCCCUCGAGAACAUUUUUAAGUAUAAAUAGCGGCAGCGGGAGGAUGAACCAAUCACAAUGCACGUUCCGUUCCAAAGCUUUGUGAUAGGUUUACUUCUGCUUCUUCUGCUUCCGACUCCGACAAAACGGUUUUUACUAGAUCAUAGGCGGGACGUAAGCGAUAGAAUAGUAAACAGUAUCGGAACGCAGUUUUCACGUGAUCAUAACGCUCUACGCUUCUGAUUACGACUCCGUCGCUAGUUAAAACCAUCCCUUAAAAGACCAGUUACGAUGAGCUAGCCUGUGGCCAGUUUUUAACUAGUUUUUAAUUAGUUAAAUCAGUCUUAAUUUAUAAGCACAGGUACGCCCCCAAAAAGUUGUUAGUAUUAUCCUUUGCUGCUUAGCUUUAGUUUACAAUUCAUUUUUUUUUUUUAGAACAGCCGUUUUACGGAAAUUAUUCUUCUUAUUGUUAAUUAUUCUUCUUAUUCUGUAACACUGUAAUUUCUCACUUCCUUGCCUACUCGUUAAGAUGGCUUCCAAAACCGUGAAACUGCGUUUCGAGAGCAAGAACCCUUCCGCGGCUUCCACUACUUGCAAAGUGCUGUUAUUCAAAGUAAUUUUAAACAGCUAGUACUUUCGAUCAAAAGAGGUCCAUCGUUUCCUCUCCGGUAGAUAAUCAGAACACAGCCAUUAAUUACGUCAUCUUGCCCUCUCACGGAAACAAACGUGUAAUAAACUGAAUUAAAAGUUAACUAUUUUGACUGUCCCACUUUCUUUCAUUCCAGAAAGAUCACUAUCGUUCGGCUCUUUGCAAGAUGAAAAGAAACUUGAAGUUAUAAUGGCUUCAGAUUAAGGAGGCUGGAACAUAACUUCCAAUCGAGUUUUGGCACGUCACUUAUCUAGCAACAGAGGACUCCGCGUCAGAGCAUUUGUCCCCAAAGAUCACCCAAGGAGGGCUGAGAUCGCGGAAAAUGUUGAAAUUCUCGAGAACGAAACCCUUCCUGGGUACUCUCCAAUAGAGCUGCUGGAUUACUCACAUGAGGAACUUCAGCAUUUCGACUUUCUAAUCAUGCAUUGUUAUGGGCGUGAUCUAGAAAAACAGGCAGAAGAAAUUUGUAGAACCAAGAAAUGCAAAUGGAUUCCAGUUGUGCACAGGGACUGGGUAGAACUUACGAGGUUCUUUGAAGUAGCAGGAGUUUCAUUAGCUGGACGUGCAAAUAAUCAUCAUGAAGAAUGUCAAAGGCAGAUAGAACUGUGUAAAAAUGCUGAUUUUGUAGUCACAAUUGGUCCCAAAGUAGCUGAACCCUUCUUAAACGCCCUGCAGCCCUACGGAAAAGACUUGAACUUCGUCAGUAUUACCCCAGGAAUUUUCUCUGAAUUACAUCCUGAUAAUAGAGUCAGUGAAAAUCAAGAUACAUUCAACCUGCUUAUUGUUACAGAUUAUCCUUAUUUAUCUAGUUAUUUUCGUGUUAAAGGAUGUGACAUUGCUGUGAAAGCCCUCCUAUUGUUGCAAGACAUUUCAUAUCACCUUAUGGUUGUUAUGAAGUCCUCCUAUGGUGUUUCGGAGCUCACACAAACCUUGCUUUCUGAAGGUAUGCAACAGAAUCAGUUCACCGUGAAAACAACUAAUGGUGACGAUCCUGUUCAAAUGGCCCAGUUUCUUAAUGAAGCCGAUCUGCUCCUUUUACGUUCAAGAGUAGAGGGUUUCGGAAUGAGUGGUAUAUACGCCAUCUCUGCAGGCCUUCCAGUCCUUAUAAGCGUAUAUUCUGGACUAGGCGUUGCACUGAGGAAGCUGCCCUCCGGUGGGAAGCAAGUGGUGGACUCUGAUGACCCUCAAGUAUGGGCACAAAAGAUGAAGGAGAUCAGGGCAAAGGGUCGUGAAAGCACCUCCCUUGAGACACGACAACUUCGAGAGGAGUACAUGCAAAAAUAUAGUUGGGAGGACCAAUGCAACAAGCUAGUGGAGAAAAUGAUGACGGGAAAUGGUAGGUAAUCAGUUUUUGUGGUGAAAUAUUUUUUGUUCCUUGCGUCAUUUCUUUUCUAUACCCCAUUACAAAAAAAUCUUAAUCAACGUUUUUCCUUGACGAGUUCAGCGACAAUAUAAGCUGUGCCUGUUCCAUAAACUACGAGUAGUAUAAAAUCUUACAAUAAAACUCAUUAUUAAUACUAUGCGACAGAGAUGAACUGUCAGUAGUAAUUUACUUUAAGUAACAGUAUUAUCUAACUAACAAGGUGUUCUGAUUCCUUUAGUUCCGGCAGAGAUUCUUGCUAGAGGUCCCCUUGCUGUCAAAGCUUACAACAAGGCAAUUGAACAAGGUAUGACACGCGUAAUGAGAGUGCCCAUCAUGAUCAUUGGACAAGAACGAUCAGGAAAGACCAGUUUAAAGAAGUCUUUAAAAGGACAAAUAUUCAAUAGCAAAGAAGAGAGCACUGAUGGGAUCGAGCUUGAUCCGUCAUACUUCAGCAUAACAACAGAGAAUUGGCGUACAGGGGAAACGAAAGAAGAGCCAGAUUCCAAUUCCGCUAUUUCUGUUCAUAACAGAGUAGCACAGGUUAUGGUGGCUCAUUUAAGAGGAGACGAAGUUGAGCAAAUAACAGCUGCACAAAGUGUGGUGAACACCAUUUCAACAGUCACUGUAGCGGAAAAGGGUUCAAAAAGUAAAGAGGCCAUUCAUGUUACAACGUUAGAGAAGGAGGGGAACGAGGCCCAAACGCAGACAGAAAAGACCACAACAAAGAUCGGGAGUCUGCUACCUGGAGUUCGUGUGAAAAAAAUCGAGGUAAAAUCGUUUCAACAAGAAGUACCACACACAACGGCAGAACGUGUCGAAAAGCUGCUCAAAGAAUCUAAAACAACAAAAGAUGACCAGGUUUACUCAAUCUUGUGGGAUUUUGGUGGACAGUCAGUAUACUAUGCUACUCACCCAAUAUUUCUCACUACAAAAGCAAUUUAUCUUUUGGCGUAUGAUCUCAGAAAAGACCCAACGGAGAUAGCCACUCCACUUUUAAAGGAAGGCGUGUUUGAUAGGAAAGAAGACCUUUACUGUACUAAAACGAAUGAAGAUUAUCUCCGCGUUUGGUUGUCCUCUGUCGCCUCUCUGGGAAUGAUUGACUUAAGCAGUAAGGGCUCAGAGAAGCUACCAAAAAGGUUACCUCCAGUUAUUUUAGUGUGCACACACGCAGAUCAAUGUGGAAAGGUCGCGAAAGAUCGAGCGCGCAAAAUAUAUGGCACUCUUCGUUCUGAUACAAAGCCCUACGGUGAACACUUGUAUAAAAAGUACUUUUUUGUAGAUAACACGAGAUCAGGGACAACAGACGAGUGCCCAGAAGUCCAACGUUUAAGAAACGAAUUACUUGCAGUUGUUACUGAGCUUCCACAACUGAGGCAGAAAAUUCCACUCAAAUGGUUACGUUUUGAAGAGGCCCUCAAUGACAAGAAGACGAAAGGCCAGCCAUUUAUCUCCCUUGAGGAGGCAAGAAGGGUAGCGCGUGAUAAAUGUGGAAUUGAUGAUGACCAACAAUUUUUUACCUUGCUAAACUUUCUACACGAUCAGAGACUUUUUUUGCACUUUGAUGACACGCCAGAGUUGAUGGACAUGGUGAUAUUAGACCCGCAAUGGUUGAUUGAUCUGUUUCGGAAAGUAAUUACCGUCAAACCUUAUGAUCCUGCGGCUGAUGAACAUUACUUGGAAGAACUGUGGGCAAAACUUGAGACUGAUGGAAUCCUGGAUGAUAGACUCCUCCAGAUCGUGUGGGGAUCCUUUCUCAAAAAAGAAAAGGCCCAAAGCCUCAUUGCUCUUAUGGAAAAGUUUAGCCUGGUGUGCAGUUUGCCGUCGGUAGACAACCAGAAGCAAUUUCUUGUACCAUCCAUGCUAAUGUCCCAUCCAAAUCAAGUUUCCAUCAAGCUCCUCUCCGAAGCCUUCAUUCCCCCUCUUUUCAUACGAUUUAACCAGCCACGUUCUCAGAGAUACCCAGGUGAUGAGGCUGACUGUAAAAAUCUUCAAGUGCCUCUUGGAUUGUUCCCAAGACUUAUAGUAAAGUUCCUCCAGUGGAGCAUCGAGAAUGAGAUCAGCCCAUUGUACCAGGAUAUGUAUCAGAACUUCGCCCGAUUUCCCAUCCUUCCCAAGGGCUGCUCAGUUAUCCUUCACUGUCUUUUAUCUUGUAUCGAAGUCGUAGUUCACAGAGAUCCUGGUAUUGCAAGCGACACGACCAUUGGCUACAAAGUACGACGCCAGCUUGAAUCAGUGCUUCUGACCAUACGUGAAGAAUGCUUUUGGUUGAGGGCUAUGGAAUACGAAUUCAGUGUCACCUGUCCAGUUUGUUGCAAGCAACGUGCAGUCCUCCACUGUAGAAAACAUCAAAAAAGCAGUUGUGAGAAAGAGGAGUGUCUUCACUUCUGGUCAGAGUCCGCUUUGCAAAAAAAGCAAAUUUGCACGAGGAGCGCUUUUGCUAUAAGUAGAGUGGUUCCAAUGAAGCCGUUUUCACAUUGGUUUGAAUUCGCAGGGAAACAGGUACCCCUAUAUGCAUAAUCGAUCAAUCGACAAAACAAAAUAUUUAACAAUUAUUCCUCGAGCCCGAAUGGGCUCUGAGUCAAUAGCCCAUGAGGCCGAAGGCCUCAUCCGCUAUUGACUCAGAGUCCAUGAGGGCGAGAGGAAUAAUUGUUUUAGUUAAAUCCAACUAGUUGGUCAAAAAUGCCGAGACAAAACAACUUUAGCUAGCAAAACGCAUUUCAGCCGCCAUUGUUUUGGUUUUCAAAUCCUAUUCUUUUCGCUACUAGUGGGCUAUAUAGUCGAUACCUGUAUAGCGAAGCCCUUUCACCAGCAAAAAACAUGAUAAAUCCAUCAAGCCUAAAAACGUCUUUCCGACCAUUUCGGUGAAAAAAAUGGUAAGUGAGGUAAGUGAAUUUGAAUUUAAAAACUCUGUCUCCCAGAACAAAAUGACUCUUCGUUGAAUGUCAGAAGUAGGGGCGUUCUAGUCCUCUGAAUGGCUGGGAUAUCAAUAUAUGUCUAAAGGUCAUUCAAGCACUUACUCAGUACUCUUCAAUCUCUUCCUUUUGCCUGCAGAUGGAGGAUGCUAAUGCGAAAUUUGUACUUGUUUUGGGAGGUAAAUAUCUCUUUUGUAGUCUUAAACGUAUUGUUUAACACUGUGCAAGGUUCAUGGCUGCUAACCUGUUCGUUAUUUUUUGUCAUAUCUGCAAUGCUUGAUAACUAUAGUAAAUCUGAUACAUCAAAACCUUUUACGCAAUGAUACUACAGAUUCCCUUGUGAAGGAAAAGAUCUUAACAAACGUUCGUAUUAUGGAUGAGCUUGCUCGCAGAUUGGAUCAACCAAUCUACCGCGGGGAGCAAGAGCCGCCCAUUGUCCAGCACUGGAAGCAUCUCGCUGCAGAAUUCAGGGUGCCGGAAGACGUUGAAACGAGGUGCCAGACCAAUCCUCAGAGUAGUCCUAGUAAACACAUGUUUGAGUUCCUGGAAGCAGGCAACCCUAACUUCUGA